AUGUCGAAGAUGCUACUUCCGGUAGCUGGAGUAUUCUCCCUGCUAGCCCCUACCGCGCUCUCCCUAUGCCCACCACCAGGUGCAAUUCUCCCACCACCAUCAAUCGCUGCCCAUACCUCCAACUUCAGCAUACCGGAUGCUGUAUUCCAAAACUUUAGUUUCAUGGAAGACACUUCGUUCGCGGUCCAGGCUUCUAUCGGCAACACCACGGUCUUCCAAUAUGAGCACACAGCCCCUGGCCGUGAAGUCAAUCAGUCGCUCUUCGACACCAAGCUUCGCAUAGCUAGUGCAACCAAGCUGAUCACGGCACUUGCUCUGGAGUUGAGUAAAGACAAGAUCGGCUUGGAUGAUCCGAUUACAAAGUUCAUUCCUGGUCUGAACGAAGAAUACUACGGAGAUGUAACGAUCAGGUCCCUAACCGAUCACACUUCCGGUCUCGGUCGCUUCGGCUACACAACAGACAUAGCAUUCGGCCAAAACGCAACCGCCCUCGGCCUCCCUCUACUCAACAACACCCUCCCAGGCUGCGACCCCAUCCCCGGUGGCCGAAUGUGCACGCCCCAAGAGAUCCUCGACGAGUUCAACAACCCAGUCUACGCCCCACACUCCCCUUCCUCCCGCGCCAUGUACAGCAACAUCGGGUACAUCCUCCUUGGCAAAGCCCUCUCAGCAGCCCACAACACCACCUACGAAGACGUGAUCCAAAAGCUCAUCCUCGACCCCGUUGGCAUGGCAAACUCCUCCUUCUCCGUCCCCUCAGAUGACGGAACCGCCGUCCUACCCCGCCGCCCUGAAGAUGCCUCAUGGUUCGUGGCCCCCUUCGGCAAUCUGAACCCAACAGGCGGUUUGUGGUCCACACCCAACGACCUGCUCACCCUGCUUCACGCGCUCAAGAACGGGGAGCUACUCAGCAAAGUAGCAUUGAGGAAGUGGAUGCAGCCCACCACCUUCCUCCGGUCUCUCCACCAAUACGUCGGUGUAGCAUGGGAGAUCUUCCGUAUCGACGACCUUCCGCUCGAGUUUCCGCGCGCGAUCGAUGUGUAUACGAAAUCGGGUGGUGUACCGGGGUAUGGGAGUUAUCUUGUGCUGAUCCCGGAAUACGAUAUCAGUAUCACGAUUAAUGCGGCAGGGGGCGAGACGAGUUAUUCGAGUGUUGAGCUGCUGGAUAUAAUUGCGGAGAGGAAGUACGCUAGGAGGUAUGUGCUUGAGAUGGCGUCUUCGAACGACACGCUCGUUUUGUCUUCGACGGCGGGUCCGGGUUUGGCUAUCGAGGCGCUGAGCGUCAAUGGCGCUGACAUCAUUGCUGCUUUGGCUAUGAAGCAGAAUGUCCCGUUGGACAACUUUAGCAUUCUCUGGGUACGCAAAGCGAGAAUUGGAGGAUGCUGCCUGAUCAAAUCAGGCCGGCGAAGAAACUGUGGGCCGGGCUGGAAUGUAUGA